AUUGAUCAACAUUGUCACAGGGCUCAUACAUUCACCAUUGUCUGGGCUACAAUUAUGCAUGUGUCAAAUGAAGGCAACAGGUUUCCAAUAAUACGAAUCAAAACAGGAUUUAUUUACAUUCGUUAAGAUAUUCACCGUAUUUACUCAGUCAAGGUGAAACCGUAACAAUGAAACGCUCAAUACAUCAAACAUGGGGAUGGCCUGUAAGUUAGGCAGAUAAACAAAGUUGACCAUAUGACCUCCUGUAUCGACGUCUAAUUGAAUGCUAUUCUCCGUAAACUGUGCCCAUAAUGCGGACUUCUUUCAUGUAAUAAAACCCACUUUACGGACAAAAUGGACUUCACUAAACAUAGUAUAGCACUUUCCUUGCAGAAAUAAAUUGCACCAUGGCACUGUUUCGGGGCAGCGUCAUGUUUUGUGACUGCAAUGCCUUUAUAGGGGCGAUGGGCGUUUCUGGACACAGAUGGCGCUGUUGAGCAUAUAUUUUUGUUUCAGUCCCGUUUCCCUCCAUGGUUUCUCCUCUCCGACUAACUUAGCGUUUGGCUCAGUUCAUUAUACAGUCCUAUAUUCUCCCUCCAUUAGGGCAUCUCUGCCUUUGGACUGAAGAUCCCACCAAAACCCAAGAGAGAAAAGUUUUACUUUCAUAGGGCAAGAUGGACAUGAAAAAGAGGAUCCACUUGGAGCUAAGAAACAGGACACCGUCUGAUGUACGAGAACUUGUCCUUGACAAUUGUCGAUCAGUUGAAGGAAAAAUCGAAGGCCUCACCGCUGAGUUUGUCAACUUGGAAUUCCUGAGUUUGAUAAAUGUUGGCUUAAUGUCAGUCUCCAACUUGCCCAAACUAGGAAAACUCAAAAAGCUGGAGUUGAGUGACAACAGAAUCAGCGGUGGCCUUGAUGUUUUAGCAGAGAAACUACCCAACCUCACACAUCUAAACCUGAGUGGCAACAAAUUGAAAGACAUUAGCACAUUGGAACCAUUGAAAAAGCUGGUUAACCUGAAAAGUUUGGACCUGUUCAACUGUGAAGUGACAAACCUGAAUGACUACAGAGAGAGUGUGUUCAAGCUGCUGCCUCAGCUCACCUAUCUGGAUGGCUAUGACAUGGAGGACAGGGAAGCCUCUGACUCUGACGGAGAGGUGGACGGAGACGGCGUAGAUGAUGAUGAAGAUGAAGAGGGAGAGGAGGAGGAAGAUGAGGACGGUGAGGAGGAGGACUUAGACGAGGAAGAGGAUGACGAGGAAGAUGAAGAGGAGGUGGAAGGAGAAGGAGAAGGUGAAGGACAAGUGGACGGAGAAGAAGACAAUGAUGAGGUCAGCGGCGAAGAUGAGGAGGAAGAAGUUGGUAAGGAUGGAGAAGUAGAUGAAGAAGAUGAUUUUGAUGAGGACGAAGACGAAGCAGAAGCUGCCAAAGGGGAGAAGAGAAAGCGAGACCCAGAAGAUGAGGACGACGAUGACGAUGAUGAAGAUGACGAUUAGGAGCAAAACUGAAAAUCGGAGCCUACCGAGUUACCCUUCCUCUCCCACAAACCCGAACGUCUGCCCUCCUACAACUCACACCGUCUUUGUAAUCCAUGUCUACCCCUCCAGCUCUGCGCUCUUUUUAUGGGGCAAGACUGUA